CUAUCGGCUCUCGUCUUCUACAAUCUCGAGUGAGAAGGAGAAACACGCGUUUCUUCGACGAUUCCUGAAAACCGAGGGUUUUAUCGUUCCCGAACUCCAAAUCAAUUUCAUAGUCGAAUAACUUACAUGCGUUUUCGAUUAGAUCGAAUAAUUGUUCCCAGGUGUUUGUGUGCGCAUUGAUCGUCUCCGAUGGAUGAGGUUUGGGAAAAAGCCGUGGAGACUGCUUUGGAAGGCCAGACGGAUCCGUCGUCCGUCCGGAGUUUGACCAUGGACGGUGUCGUGAAGUGCGUUCACGGCCGCUUGCCUCCGCCGUCGAUUUUCCAGAGAUUCCGGAACCUCCGGCAUUUGUCGAUUGCAAGCAUAGGCGUCUCCUCUUUGGAACGCUUUCCUCGGCUUCAGAACUUGCAGAAGUUGAUUUUAUCCGACAAUAGAAUCUCCGGAGGUCUGGAGUUCCUCGUUAAGGCCGGUUUGCAUUCGCUUAGGGACCUAGAUUUGUCAAACAACCGGAUUCAGGAUGUAAGGGAUCUUAGUCCACUGGCAAAGCUCAAGCUUGUUUCUCUCGAUCUGUACGAGUGUCCGGUGACAAGGGUUAAGGAUUAUAGAUCCAGUGUUUUGGGACUGGUAGAGUCCUUGAAGUUCCUCGAUAAAACUGAUGCAGAAGGGAAUGAGAGGCCUGAGUCUGAUGAUGAGGAGGAUGAUGAGGAGUCAGAGGAGGAGGAGGAUGACUACGAUACCGGGAGCGUGGAAGUUGAUUGUGAGGAUGGAUCCCAUAGGGCCACAUGCAAUGGACGCCAAUCCUGGAAUGACAGAGUGAUUGAGGUGGACGAUGACGAGAGCGAUGCUGAAGAUGCAGAACUGGAUACUUCUAGAGGGGCUAGCGAGACUAGUCCAAAUCGCACACAUAAUCUUCCAAAUGGUGUUAGAGUAGCAGGUGAUGAGGAUGAUGAGGAUGGAGGGGAGGAUGAUGAAGACAGUGAUUGGGAUGAAGAGGAUGAUGUUGAUAAUGAAGAAGAUGAUGAUGACGAUGUGUUGGAGGUUCAUAAUGUUGUGGAUGAUGAUGAAAAUGAUGAUGACGAUGAUGAAGAUGUUGAAGAUGAAGAGGAAGUGGACAAUGAUGACUUCGGGGAAAAACAAAGUACCGAUGUGCUUGCUAGCACAGAGGGAGAGAUUGAUGGGGAUGGAGAAGAUAGUGAUAGUGAUGAGGACGAUAGCGUAGAGACUGGUGAGGAGAAUUCUGAUGAUGAGGAAGAAGAUAACGGAGCUGGAUAUUUAGUUCAACCAGUUGGUUCUGUAGUUGCCAAUGGGAUGAUGCAUGAGGAAGAAGAUGGAGAGGAUGAUGAUGAUGAUGAUGAUGGUGAAGUCCAUGAGGUGCCAUCUUUGAAGAGGAAGAGAGAUCCAGAUGUAGAAGAAGAAGAAGAUGAUGAUGAUGAAGUCCAUGAGAUGCCAUCUUUUAAGAGGAAGAGAGAUCCAGAUGUAGAAGAAGAAGAUGAUGUUGAUGAUUGCAGUGACGAUGAUGAUGAUGGCGAUGACGAUGAUGAUGAUGGGGUGUUGGAGAAUGGCAAGUGCAGGUAGGGGAGUUUGAUGACAUCAGCCAGCAAUGGAGGGGAAGAUGUGUAAUAUGCUCUCACGCAGGGAGGGAAAGGAGGAAAGUCAACUCCUCCACCUUCACAGCAAUGGCAGGGGAGAGAGAGUGCAGGACAGAGCAGAGAGAGAGAGAGAGAGACUGUGGAGGAGAUGAGAGUUGGGAGCUUUUAAUUAGAGUGUGUUAAUGGAUUUUUUUGGGCGGGACCAAAAUUAUAUCUUUCUCUAUCUCUAUCUAUUACUUUUUUUGGAGGGAAACAUGAUGAUGGUGGAUGGAUGAUGAAGGAAGCAAUGUGCGUGUGUGGGCAAACGGAGCGAGAGAGAGAGAGAGAGUGAUACGUCGUCGUCCGGUCAAAGUGACCUCCUCCUCAUCGAGAACUUGUACAAUGAAUGUGAAUUGUCACGUGUUCUUUUAUUUCAAUUAAAUAACAUUUUGAUUUCAUUUCCUGGUUGAUGUAUGCCAGAUGGCAAGUACUCAUUCGGAUGCUGUUUCUCAUUUUUUUUAAAUAACAAUAAUAAAUGUAAUAAAUAAUACUACGUACU